CCGCCCCCUUCCUCCCUCGGCCGGCGUGUUGUGAGGGAGAGUGUGAGCCAGCGCGGCCAGCGGGCGAGCUCCAGGAGUGCGAGAGGCGGGGCGGCGCGGCGGGCCGGGCCGGGUGUCGCGUGUGCGUGCGGGGGUGCAAGCGAGUGCUCGUCGCGACCCGCCAGUGGCCCCGCGCCGACAACCCGGCGGGCGGGCGGGCGAGCCAGCGGCCAGGCGAGGAGCUGCGGGCGCGAGCCGCGGAGGGGCGCGGAGUCCGCGCGCGCGCACGCACGCACGCACGCGGGGGGCGGGGGCAGGCGCGCGCCCGCCUGUCGCGACAGUCGGGGCCGAGGCCCAGGGGGAGGUGGCCUGUCGCGGGUCGCCCGGCUCCCGGAGGCGAGGGGGGCGCGGGCGGAUGGCGGAGGGCGCCCAGCCGCAGCAGCCGCCUCAACUCGGGCCAGGCGCCGCCGCCCGGGGCAUGAAGCGGGAGUCGGAGCUGGAGCUGCCGGUGCCCGGAGCGGGAGGAGACGGAGCCGAUCCCGGCCUGAGCAAGCGGCCGCGCACUGAGGAGGCGGCGGCCGACGGUGGCGGCGGGAUGCAGAACGAGCCUCUGACUCCAGGUUAUCAUGGAUUCCCAGCGCGGGACAGCCAGGGUAACCAGGAGCCAACAACAACUCCUGACGCAAUGGUUCAGCCUUUUACUACCAUCCCAUUUCCACCACCUCCACAGAAUGGAAUUCCCACAGAGUAUGGGGUGCCACACACUCAAGACUAUGCCGGCCAGACCGGUGAGCAUAACCUGACACUCUACGGAAGUACGCAGGCCCACGGGGAGCAGAGCAGCAACUCACCCAGCACACAAAAUGGAUCUCUUACGCAGACAGAAGGUGGAGCACAGACAGACGGCCAGCAGUCACAGACACAAAGUAGUGAAAAUUCAGAGAGUAAAUCUACCCCGAAACGGCUGCAUGUCUCUAAUAUUCCUUUCCGCUUCCGGGACCCUGACCUCCGGCAGAUGUUUGGGCAGUUUGGCAAAAUCCUAGAUGUAGAAAUAAUCUUUAAUGAACGUGGCUCUAAGGGAUUCGGGUUCGUAACUUUCGAGAAUAGUGCUGAUGCAGACAGGGCCAGGGAGAAAUUACACGGCACCGUGGUAGAGGGCCGUAAAAUCGAGGUGAAUAAUGCUACAGCACGUGUAAUGACCAAUAAGAAGAUGGUCACACCAUAUGCAAAUGGUUGGAAAUUAAGCCCAGUAGUUGGAGCUGUAUAUGGUCCGGAGUUAUAUGCAGCAUCCAGCUUUCAAGCAGAUGUGUCCCUAGGCAAUGAUGCAGCAGUGCCCCUGUCAGGAAGAGGGGGUAUCAACACUUACAUUCCUUUAAUCAGUCUCCCUUUAGUUCCUGGCUUCCCUUACCCUACUGCAGCCACCACGGCAGCCGCUUUCAGAGGAGCCCAUUUGAGGGGCAGAGGGCGGACAGUAUAUGGUGCAGUCCGAGCGGUACCUCCAACAGCCAUCCCCGCCUAUCCAGGUGUGGUUUACCAGGACGGAUUUUACGGUGCUGACCUCUAUAUAGAAUCUGCAAACUGCUUCAGAUCAAACAGGGUGGAUAUGCAGCCUACAGAUAUGCACAGCCUGCUACUGCAACCGCAGCCACCGCUGCUGCAGCCGCUGCAGCCGCUUACAGCGACGGUUAUGGCAGGGUGUACACAGCCGACCCCUACCAUGCCCUUGCCCCUGCCGCUAGCUAUGGAGUUGGCGCUGUGGCGAGUUUAUACCGAGGUGGCUACAGCCGAUUUGCCCCCUACUGAAGUGACGUGAGACCCCUGCAAAUGGGACAGCCCCCCAGUUCAUGAGGCCUGGCUAUUGCAAUAUUUACUAGUAGAGGAACUCUAUAGCAAGAUGAAGAGGAAAAACAAACAAACAAAAAAAAAAAAACACAAAAAAAGAAAGAAUACUUUUUUAUACCUCACUAUGUUCUUUGAAUAUGUAUUUUUCCUUUAAAUUUCUGCCUUUAAUUCUUUUGUUCCAAAGAUUGUGCAUUUUUUUCUUUUUUUUUUUUUAAACUGUGGUAAAAAAAAAAAAAAAUAAUGCAUUUCCAUGUCUGUAUGUCCGUGCUUAGCUUAUUCUAUCAAUCACGGAAGAGGCAGUCAAGGAGGAAGGAGAGACAUUAGGAGCUGAUAAAUGCAUCUGAUCAGAAAUCAGCAGACAGAAUUACCAAAGUGUACCUGGUGCUGAAUGGCUGGGGGACAAGCAGAAGUGGAAGAGAUCUUUCCGCAACAGGAUAUUCUUCUAGUCUUCUGAGUUUCUGGUCUUUUGACAGGCAAUUCUGGUUGGCUGUGGCUGGAAUCCACAUGCUGAUAGAUAGGAAUUUGUGCUUAUAAAGCAGGAGAAUUAAAAAGACGCUUUCCUCUCCUCUUCCCUCCUGUCUUCUCCAUUCUUUUUACAAUCAUCUUACACGCACAGCCUGAGACAGUUGGCAUCGUUUUUGGAAUUAUAGUAUUGAUAUUUCCAAACGUGCUCUCAGACUGUGGAUAAUAAACACCUCAUUAGGAAACCGAUCUCAGAAUGAACUCUGGAGUAUGAAAAAGAUCAUUUCUUUUUGUUCCUGUAACUUAGCAUUCUUUCUGGGCUUCUUCUCCUUUAAUUGAACCACAGCUUAGCUCAUGUAUUCUUUUAUUAACAUCCUGCUCUCAUGUCCAUCAGAUUCAGGAAUUUAGGACCCAGGGACAGAAAGAUGAAUAAGCCAGUGACCAGAUUUCCCCCAGAUAUCUGGGCACCGCUUGAGGAUUAGAAGUACAAAGUGUUCACAGCCAUUAAAGAGGGUGAGGAAGAGAAAAGGAAUAUUAGAAGAUCUGGUAUUUCUUACUUUUUUCUUGCCUUAGAAAGUACAAAGUUUAAAAAACAGAAUAAAGAAUCUGCUGGGGAAAGAUAGAGUACCAGGUCCUAGGUCAGCAGUCCCUGGAAGUUUUGGUGAUGAGGACAUGGAGGGGCAGGCAGAGGCACUUUGUACUUGCUCCAAAGCCAUAGGAAUUUUCAUCUUCCAGAGCCUUUAUGAGUCACUUCUCUAUCCACAGUCUUGAGCCCUGUGGCUGUCCUGCCAAGCUUCUCACUGUCCUCCAAAAACAGCCAGCUGAGCACCCGGACCACUUUGUAUACAUUAACACUACAGGACAUAAAAUGCGGAGGCUCUGAGAUUGCUGCCCUCCCAUAUUGGAAGGAGGGUCUGAAAUGGCAAGGGUCUUCUAUAUCGCCAGAAAGAGGCAUGCAGUGAGUCACUGCCAUUGCCAUCUGGCUGUAAUUUUCUGUGUUAUCAAGGUAGGAGAGAGUGUUUCUCUUCUAGCUGUUAGAUAGAACUGAUAAAAGCAAGUGUCCUACAGCAUUUCCCAAAUGAAGGCAUUAGGAAAUAGAACAGCACGGUCUUUUUGGCUCCCUGGUCUAUUCACAUUGGUACUAGGGUGACCUUUCACCCAAGGGACAGCUGCUAAAGGGAGUAAUUCAGAGACAUGGAGCUUCUGGUUUGUUAUGGGUUUGUUUUGGGUUUGUUUUUUAACUCCUGCCUCCACACAUGUUCUUGACUGAUAACUGACUCAUGUCCCUGAAUUAAAAUGACUGACCUACGACAGCAUCAAGCAUUCUUUGUAAGCAGAGUGAUGUGUCUGAGAGGGCAUUGGCCUGUCGCGUAGAAUACAUAUCCUCUCCCCCUUCAGAAUCCUGUCUCGCCUCAUAACUGGGAGAGAGGCUGUGCCUGAAACUAGGGGCGAUGUCAAGGAAGCUAGAGGCCUCGAUGCAAUUAUUACUCAUCCUGGGGAGGAGGACGGAGACUAAGGGGAUACCAACGGCCCAGUCCAUUGGCCAUUUUUAAGGAUCCCCCCACCCCAAGCCAAAGUUUGGUUGGUUGCUGUUAAGACAAUUUUUGUUGUAUGUAUAUAAAUAUUUUAGUUAGAGGAGCGGGGAAUGGGAUGCGGGCUUUCACAGUUCUAGGGAAUGGGGGCAGGGAGGAUUUUGCUUUUGCUUUUGCUUUGAGGGAGAACUUUAGCUGACUGAAAAACAAAAGUUUGAGGUCAUGAUCACAAAGGGGCCAUUCCCAAAAGAUGGCAAGCCACGUACUCAAUGGAGACUAGGCCAAAUUCUAAGUGGUUGUAUCCCUAGCAGGGGAGAAUAGGAGAAUGAGUUUAAGUGUUUUUCUCUUCUUUUUUCCUAGAAAGAGGUAAGGAUAAUAGGAAAGGUAGAGAAGGCAGCUCCCACAGACCUUUUAAGAGAGGCAGAAUCUUGAGCUUGAGGCACCUUGAGUGCAUCUCAGUUCAGCUGGUUCUGGCUGAGGCCUCCAAAGGCAAGCUCUGUGCUUUCCAGUGGUUUCUGCUGCAUUUCCAGGGAUGGUGUUUAACACCACUUCCUCCGGCUCCCUUUGCUAAGAAAGAAUAGGUGGAGUUCUGCUUUUUAUGAAAGGGUCUUUGGUUUUCAGUGUCAACACUGAGAAUUGGGCUCUCACAAGCAUCUAGAUUUCACAGUAUCAACCUCGCCAUCACCAUUUGACCUUUGAGACUCCGUACAGUCAACUUCACCAGAGGCAGGUUGCUCAAAGCAGCACUGCUUGUCUGUUCCUGACUCUGGUUCUCACUGUAUUAAGAAAGAGAGUCAGAGGAGUCUGGCAUUUCGUGAGUUUGUUAGAGGAUGCUGGCUGAUAAUUCCAGAAAACCCACCGAUGCUGAAUCACAUGCAUGAUUCUUUUUCAGCUUUACUGUAGUUCAUGACCUGGACUUUCUGUACUCUUGGAAGCUGGGCUCCUUAAAGGAGGCCUCUAGUGAAAACCUUUAUCUCCACGUCCUUCUUUUAGCCAGAGAGCUGCCCGUAGGCAUUUUCCAGAAUUCCUGGUGUCUCUUAGUUUAAUUUCCAUUAACUCAGAUCAGCCAUUGUGAUUCACCAUUUGUCAGGCUCUCAGGUUUCACAAAACCUACUAUCACCAUCAUCCUCCAACAGCCACAGUCUGAAUUGAGCCAACAUUUUUUUUUCUUUGAGAAAGAAGUGGACUGGGACACAACAUUUAGUCUGAGGGGAGCUAGUGGAAAUCUAGACGAUAGAAAUCAUCGAUAGCAGCUUUUCCUCAAAGGUGUGACUCCUCAGGGGCUGAACUGCUCUUAGCUUAGAAUUAUGCUUUCCUAGAGAUCUAGCAGAGAAGGUUAAUCACUACCAUCCCGUAACUAGUUACAUAGCUUCCAGACAUGAGGGAGACUGAUACCAAACAGGGAUGGAAGCAACCCCAAGGAUAUGCAAGAAGGGCAUGAUGAGCCCCCUUCCCUCUGGCAGGAGAACAAGGCCAACCAAGGGACAGACUGGAAAGCACUUAGAUGUUUAAGGAGGGAAAAGGGGAAACUUUGGCGAGCCCUCCCCUUUUGCCAAGUUCAGCCAGUUCUCUGCUGCUUGCAACCCUCUAGCACAGUGACAUUUGCAGAAUUGCAGAUUUUUUCCCCCAGAUACUAGGAGGAAAGGGACUUUGGGGGGUGGGGAAGGGGUCGUGGUGUUUUAAAAGCAUAAGUUACCUGUUUGCACUGUUUUAAGAUAGGAAAAAAAUAGUGGGCAAGGUGAACAUCAGACGUAAAUUUGUGUGUUUUUAUUUUGUCAUGCUCUUGAAAAUGUUUGACCAUUUGUAGUAUACACAGUGAAACUUGAUUCUCUGUUGCAUAAAACACUAUAUUUUUUUGGAAAUGUUACUGUCCAAAAGCCUCUUCCCUCCCUUUCCUGUUCCUGUGUACUUCCUUCAUACUUGCUUUACUGAUCGGCCAGGCAAUAGCGCUCCAAGAGCUAGAGCAUGAAACAGGGCCCUUUCCAAGUAGGCUCUGGGUGUCCUAAGCCAGCAUGUGCCCUCUGGUUCGGUGAGCGUGGUGGAGUCCCUGGCACCUUUCUUUGCAAACAAGGCUUACAGACCAGACUGCAGCGAGUUGUCAAAUUCCUCAAUCCGAUGCACUAGGAGUGAGGAGCCCAGGGACGGAGGGGAUUCCUGAAGUGUUGCAGUUGGCUGUAGUAGCUGAGUUCUUUUCCAUGUUACCGAAACUGUAGCCAGUUACAGUUUACUCAGGAAAACGGUAGAUCAAUUCAGCCAUGGUAGUGCUGGUUGGCAGGGAUUGGUAACGGAGAGAACUGCUUAUCAGCCAAAACUCAAGCCUUGCCUUUUAGGAGGCCACCGGCAGAGGGACUUGGUCCUCCUUGUCUGGCACUUGCGUCCAUGCCGGCGACCUGAGGACUGCACUCACACUGGCGAGCAAGAAGGGAACAGUGAUUCUCUUUUCUCUCCCCACCCCCUGCCCUUUGUUACCAACACCAGUUUCCCAGGGGGUACAUGAGUUUUUGAAUUUUUAAAACGUGUUUUGGUUUGGUUUUUCCGGGGACUGAUAAGUGUUUUAAGCAAUGUCCAUACCCCGUCAAGACUCCCAGCUUAGUCAUUUUCUUGUAUUUUUCUGUUCACAGUAUUUGUGUGUGUGCUUGUUUUGGCAGCUCAUUUUGGCUGUAUUAUAUAUCGAGUGAUGAAUUGAUCGUCUUUUUUUCCCUAAGGGAUAUGAAUUGUUUUUCUUGUGUUAUAUUCUGCUUGUGAAUAGCUGGAGCAAACCUGGGGCUGACACACGUAAGCUAGGGCUGCAAAGCGAGAAGAGCCGGUGGAGUGUACUUGUCCCUGACAGGCUGACCUGCCUGAGUCUCUGAGCUUUUCAGUCCAAAUCUUUGUAAGGCUCAAAAUGCCACAGAACCUCUCCUCUUCUCCCCACUCCCCAUGGCAGGAACCGGACCAUCCCUACAUGCAACAUGCUGUUCCUCCAGCCCCUCCCAUUGCCAUGGCAAAACAGGUACCUUUGGGGCAGGGGGGCAUUACAUGGGAUGCUUGUGUGAUCGACCACCUAGCCUUCUCUCUCCCCUCCUGGCCUCCCCCGGAAUCACUUCCUAGGACACCCGAGCUGCUUGCCCAGGGUCCUGUUUCCCUGCUAACUCCAGAGAAGCAUCCCAGGGCUUUGUGACAGUCUCCAAUUCCCUUCCCUUCUCGUUAAGAAUCAUAUUGUAUAGUAGCUUUCAGACCAUACAGUAUUCAUUGGGUUACUCCUAUUAUUAUCAAGUAGCUGGAAUUGUGAAGGUCGGAGUAGUUAGAUCUUUAGCUUUUAUUCCUUAUUUUUUUGUAUUACUCUCCAUGUGUAUAAAUUAUUGAUCAUGUUGCUGGCUUUUAUAAACUCUAAGCGAAGGAGGAGCACUGCCUCAGCCUUUGCACAUGGUAAUGAAGCACUGUUUUUAAAUAAAAGAGAGAAACACCA